AUGCUUCACGCUACGUCUCUCGCAGUUGCCCUUGUCGCGUUUGCCUUGCCUCUUGUUUAUGCCGCAACUGCUGAUCAAUGGCGAGGUCGUUCAAUUUAUCAAGUCAUCAUCGACAGAUAUGCUUUACCUGAAGGAGCAGAUCCUAAUCAAUGCGCCCCAGAAGACCGUACGUGGUGCGGUGGGACCUGGAAUUCUCUUCGCCAGAAUUUAGACUACAUCCAGAACGCAGGUUUCACUGCAGUCUGGAUUAGCCCUGUUUCCCAAAACUAUGAGGGUCCGCCAACGCCAUAUGGAGACCCCUACCACGGAUAUUGGAUUGCAGAUGCUACUAAACUCAACUCUCAUUUUGGCACCUCUGACGAUCUGAAGGCUCUUUCCGAUGAACUGCAUCGUCGUGGAAUGUACUUGAUGGUUGAUGUUGUUGUCAACGAUGUCAUGGCCACGUCAACAAAACCCGAUUUGUCCACGUACAUGUUCAAAGACGAGUCGCAAUAUCAUCCAUACUGUGUCAUAGAUUGGAACAACGCCACCAGCGAGGAGCAAUGUUGGUUAGGUGACACCGUCGUUCCUCUUCCUGAUAUCAACACAGAAGACCAAACCGUUGUUUCCGCUUUUGGUGACUGGAUUCAGUCCUUGGUUCAGGAAUACAACAUUGAUGGACUCCGAAUUGAUGCUGCGAAACACGUUAACAUUGACUUCUGGCCCGUGUUCUGCGACAAAGCCGGCGUAUUUUGCAUAGGAGAAGUCUUCGGCUCAGAUGUCGACGGCGCAUCUCUCUUCCAGGGACCCAAUUCCCUCGACUCGAUUCUGAACUACCCCAUGUACGCCGCGCUUGUUAACGCAUUCACCAUUCCUGGGCCCCAGAAUACGAGUGCCGUUUCAGAUAUGAUCGCGCAGGAGGCAGCAAAGUUCAAGGACCCCACACUUCUCGGAAACUUCAUUGAAAAUCAGGAUAACCCUCGCUGGGCGAAUAUCUCCGUUGAUCCACAAACUUUAUACAACACCAUGGUAUUCAACUUUAUGACUGAUGGGAUACCCAUUGUGUAUUAUGGCCAAGAGCAGGGCUUUAGCGGAAAUGCUGAUCCUUAUAAUCGCGAACCAAUGUGGCCUUCGAAAUAUGCCAACACUACAACAUACCAACUCAUGUCCACAUUGAAUCAGUUCCGAAAUUUCUUGGUUAACAACACGCAGUGGGCAACCACGCUGACUCAGGUGCUCACGACAUCACCAUACGGCAUCGCAACUUUGAAGGGGGAUGUUGUUUCCAUCAUGACUAAUAUUGGAUCCCCCCCUCAAAAUGUCACCAUUCCUGUGUAUACCCCAUACCAUGCCAGCACGGCACUCACCGACAUACUGACCUGUCAACAGUGGCCAGUGGGUAGCAACGGCACCAUUGACGCGCAGUAUAGUUUAGGAGGCGUGCCUAUUGUCCUCUACCCGACUGAUCUCUUGCAGAAUUCUGGUUUGUGCGGGAACUCGGGCCCCUUGACAGGUUCGACCAAGUACGCAUCGUGGGCGCUGCCCGUUCAUCGUCCUUUUGUAUCUCUUUAUGUUUUGUUGUCUUCUUUGUUGGGCUUUCUGGCUUGUUUUCUGUAA